CCACGUGUUUCGUCAGCGUUUGUUGCUGUUUAGCAGCAGCUAGCUAAAAGCUAACUUAUUGAGAACGGUCUGUGCUUUAUUUCAGUAAGAUGAGUCCUCUCUGUGACUGCUGCGGUGAACACGUAAAUAAACUGAAUCAGCAGGUUUCUGUGAUGCGAAAAGAAAUCAAGAACCUGAGGCAGGUGUUAGACAGUGCAGUGAGAGCUCAUCGCAAACAUAUGAUAUCCAUUCAGUCUACUGUGUCAAAGAUUGAACUCAGUGAACCUGAGAAAGAUCAGACACAGCAACCAUCAACACCGCCUCCUCCAGCAGCGUCACCACAGGCUGCAUUAGAGCAAGGAAACAUUCAGACAGUCCCGAUUGGUUACAUCAGCUCCUGUUUCUCUGUAAAGAAUGGGACACCCAGGCAGCCCACCAUUUGUGGCCCCUCCAGGGCUGAACUGCGCAUCCAGCAGAGUGUCUUCAAUAACCCUGAACACGCUCUGGUGGGUCUGGAGCAGUACUCACAUGUCUGGAUCAUCUUUCUUUUUCACAAAAAUGGGCACCUCAGUCACAAAGCCAAAGUGAAGCCUCCUCGACUCAACGGUCAAAGAGUUGGUGUUUACUCGACACGCAGUCCACACCGACCAAACGCCCUGGGCCUGACUUUAGCUAAACUUGAUAAAAUUGUAGGUGACACAUUACAUCUGUCAGACAUUGACAUGAUUGCUGGCACCCCAGUCCUGGACGUCAAACCCUACAUCCCAGAGUACGACUCCCCCAACAGCAGGAUGGCCUCAGAUUCAAACACAGAGCAACCACGGGUGACCACUGUGUCACUAAAUGACAAAAUAGACAUAUUAAUCCCCCAUAAGGACUCAGAGGAUGAGUCAGGCCUAAAAAGUGGCAUAAUUGAUGACGAUGUGUCUGAAGGGAGCGUGCUCUCAAGAGACAAAUCUGAAGCUGAUAAUGCAGUCACUAUCUCAGCUCCAUCAGUCAGUGCUCAGUCUCCCCUCCACAAAGAUCUCCACAGUAUAAUGGAGGAGGUCAAGGCCUAUGUGACCCAAGGCGACCUCUGCCAGCUGAGUUGUGAAAGCGAGAAUCAAGUUUCAGCCUCUCCCAAAACAAAACCACCAGAGUCCACAGUAGACCACCCCUGCUAUGGAGAGGAGGUGUACAGUACCAUCGCUGGCUGGAUCAGAGAGCCUCCUGUAGGCAGUCUGGAGGUGCGCUUCACCCCUCAGGCUGAGAGGGAGUUAGCAGACUUCCUUCCCUCACGCCUGUCAGGACCCUCUGAGAGUGACAGACCCAUGUUCAAGUUUCUGCGCAGUCCAGAGGAGGCUGCUGCGGCCAUCAGAGGAGUGCUGUCAGCAGACCCACGGUCAGUCUACAGGCGGACACGCUGCAGAGACAGACUCUUCUUCUUUACCCUGGACACGGCUGACAUCACCUGCUGGUUUGGACAAGGCUUUGCUGAGGUCCUGCAGGUUCGACCUGUUGAGCAGCAGGUUGCCUCAAUGUGAGAAACUUACUUAGCUGGAAAGACUAAAAAAAAAAAAAAAAAAAAGAGCCUGUCAAAUGUUUUGCACCUUGGCACCAAUCUGUAUUUCAGUGGAAAGAUUAAUCAUUCAGACUUUUUUUUAAAUCAUACAUAUUCAAUGAUGAGGUACA